AUGUCCGACUUCCACAACCGGAGCCAAACCAGCGCACGUCGCAGUGACUACGUCUGGCAGUAUGAAUAUUAUGACGACGAGGAGCCCGUGUCUUUUGAGGGACUCAAAGCGCACAGAUACUCCAUCGUCAUCGGGUUCUGGGUAGGACUUGCUGUGUUUGUCAUUUUCAUGUUCUUUGUUCUCACGCUGCUCACAAAGACUGGAGCACCACAUCAAGAAAACCCAGACUCUGCUGAAAAGCGCCAUCGACCAGGGAGCUGUCUGGUAGACAUUGAUGGUCCCCAGGAUGAAAAUGACAAAGCCUUUUCUCGUCCAUUGCUGGCGGAGCCCCGCUCAUAUUUUCAUUUCUACAUCAACGAGGAGGAUCAGCGUCAGGGGAAACAAAAACCAGAAGACAAGAGAAUGGGAAAGCAUACCGGGGCUGGGGGCCAGCAGGGGACCUGCGGCCGGCCCAAAGGUAUCGGCCCCUCAGUGAUGGAUGAUAUGGAAGAGGACGCUGAGGAAGCUGGGGUACACCACCCGCUCAAGGGCCUAAUAGAGGAGAGUAAGGCAGACAGAGAGUGUGCCUUCCUGUCCCACUUCAACAUCCCUAAUUUUGUGAACUUGGACCACAGCUCAACACUGGGAGAGGAUGAUCUGCUUUACGAACCAUCCGUCAUACUGGAGCACCAGUCUCACACUCAGGAUGCUCACUGUGACAUCCAUUAAGGCUUUUACUACAAAGAGAUGACAGGCAUGGACACAAUGGUAUCAUUAUAUUAUUUGCUUUCUUUUCACAGGUUCCAUUUAUAACUUGACAGGAGGGAAACACACUCACCUGCUACACAUCUACCUGUUUUCCAAUAAAGCUUCUGCUUAUUGGCUUUUCAACAAGAAUACAUUCAGAUCAGCGACCAAGAGGGCACAAAGAAUGGCCCACAACUCCAUAUUAAGUGGACCUCGCAGUAAUAAAAUGACAUUUCAUCCAGAAGAUAAAAUUGCUUUGCAAAUGGUACCUGUUACUUUGAGUACACAGAUCCUCUGCACAGGAUGUGGCUGUACUGUACGCGGACACGAUGUCAGAUAAAGCGGACCAAAAGUCAACAGGGAGCGAUGCUUUGUAUAAUUCAUUGAGCUAUUAUUCCCUUUGGACAGUGGACAUUAUCUCUCCAACAAGACACAAAUGGCAGUCGGCGUGCCAACCAGAUUUAAUGCAUAGAAUUAAAAUAUUUUUGCUCUGAGAUGAAAAGCCCUCCGUUAGAAAAGGUGAAGUGUAUUUUAAGUGUGUAAUUAGUAGCACA